GCCGGAAGUGCGCUCCCCUCCCAGGUGAGUGACUAAACUUUCCGGGUCACGUGAGCGGGCGGGGCUGGAGGAGUCCGAGCUACCGACGGACGCACUGAGGGUUCGAGCCAGGUACCCGGACAGGGAACCUGAGCAAGGUCGAGGACGCCUGGGCCAGGUGCCGGGUCGCAGGUACCCCCGGCCCGAGAUGCGGUAGAAACAGCGCGCGCGAGAAGCCCGGUCCCCGGUGCCACCAGCCAGUCGCCCGGCCCAUGGCGAGCCCCGGCCUGGGACUGCUUCUGGCUUUCGGCCUGCCGCUGCUGCCGGCCCGCUGGGGCCCGGCCUGGGGGCAAACGCUGAACCCCCCUGUCAAUGAGAAUGGCACCAUUACACCCUCUGAUACAGGCUCUGGCUCCAGUGGGGCCCUGUCUCAGGGGGCCAUCACUGCCAUCAUUGUGGUCUUCUCCCUCCUGGCCGCCCUGCUUCUGGCCGUGGGGCUGGUGUUGCUGGUGCGAAAACUGCGUGAGAAGCGGCAGACAGAGGGCACCUACCGGCCCAGCAGCGAGGAGCAGUUCAACCAUGCAGCCGAGGCCCGGGCUCCCCAGGACUCCAAGGAGACAGUGCGGGGCUGCCUGCCCACCUAGGUCCCCUUUUCUAUCCAUCUCUCUUGCUGUGUGACCUUGGGGGAAGGCAGAGCCCUCUCUGGGCAAUCAAACCUACCCAGUGCUUAGGAAUAGAAGGGAAGAAGGUGCUUUAAAGACUCUUUCCCUGAGGGUGAGGGAGAGAGUGCCGCUCAGAUUUUAUGUAUAUACAUACAUACAUUCGGUAGUGAGAUAAAAUAAAACCUUUUUCUCUUUGAGCUGCUGGGGGCAAGAAUUAGUCUAGAUGGAGGGAACAAACUCAAGGCUCAUAGGCUGUUGAGAGAUGAAUUGUAAAGUUGCAAGGAUCCUAGGGCUGGCAGGGCUUCCUGGAAGGGAGGGGCUUUCAGCUGUACCUAAGAGCCAGCUGGAGGCUGCCCCAGGAGGAAGGUAGUGGAUGGGGUACGUUUCUGAGCAGAGUGGGCCCCCAGAUAAACUCACCAGGGAAACCAGCUUUGGG